CUUCGGCGGCCGGUCGGGGGCGGUGAAAAGCGAGUGAGGAGAGCGCGACGGCGGCGUAGCCAUCGCUGAGGGGAGAGCGAGGCCCGAGCUUCCGCAUCGAGUCAAAAUGGUUUCAAUCCCAGAAUACUAUGAAGGCAAGAAUAUCCUCCUCACAGGAGCUACUGGUUUCUUAGGGAAGGUGCUUCUGGAAAAGUUGCUGAGAUCUUGUCCUAAGGUGAAUUCAGUCUAUGUUUUGGUGAGACAGAAAGCUGGACAGACACCGCAAGAGCGUGUGGAAGAAAUCCUUAGUGGCAAGCUUUUUGACAGGUUGAGAGAUGAAAAUUCAGAUUUUAGAGAGAAAAUUAUACCAAUCAACAGUGAACUCACCCAACCUAAACUCGCUCUCAGUGAAGAAGAUAAGGAGGUCAUUAUAGAAUCUACCAAUAUCAUAUUCCACUGUGCAGCUACUGUAAGAUUUAAUGAAAAUUUAAGAGAUGCUGUUCAGUUAAAUGUGAUUGCUACACGACAGCUUAUUCUCCUUGCACAGCAAAUGAAGAAUCUGGAAGUGUUCAUGCAUGUGUCAACAGCGUACGCCUACUGCAAUCGAAAGCAUAUCGAUGAAGUAGUUUAUCCUCCCCCUGUAGAUCCCAAGAAGCUGAUUGAUUCUUUAGAGUGGAUGGAUGAUGGCCUAGUAAAUGAUAUCACACCAAAAUUGAUAGGCGACAGACCUAAUACAUACAUCUACACCAAGGCACUGGCAGAAUAUGUUGUACAACAAGAAGGAGCAAAGCUAAAUGUUGCCAUUGUAAGGCCAUCGAUUGUUGGUGCCAGUUGGAAAGAACCUUUUCCAGGAUGGAUUGAUAACUUUAAUGGACCAAGUGGUCUCUUCAUUGCGGCUGGGAAAGGAAUUCUUCGAACAAUGCGUGCCUCCAACAAUGCCCUUGCAGAUCUUGUUCCUGUAGAUGUAGUGGUCAACACAAGCCUUGCUGCAGCCUGGUAUUCUGGAGUUAAUAGACCAAGAAACAUCAUGGUGUAUAAUUGCACAACAGGCAGCACUAAUCCUUUCCACUGGGGGGAAGUUGAAUACCAUGUAAUUUCCACUUUCAAGAGGAAUCCUCUCGAACAGGCCUUCAGACGGCCCAAUGUAAAUCUAACCUCCAAUCACCUUUUAUAUCAGUACUGGAUUGCUGUAAGCCAUAAGGCCCCAGCAUUCCUGUAUGAUAUCUACCUCAGGAUGACUGGAAGAAGCCCAAGGAUGAUGAAAACAAUCACCCGUCUUCACAAAGCCAUGGUGUUUCUUGAGUAUUUCACAAGUAACUCUUGGGUUUGGAAUACUGAUAAUGUCAAUAUGUUAAUGAACCAAUUAAACCCUGAAGAUAAAAAGACCUUUAAUAUUGAUGUAAGGCAGCUACAUUGGGCAGAAUAUAUAGAGAAUUACUGCAUGGGAACUAAAAAGUAUGUAUUGAAUGAAGAGAUGUCUGGCCUCCCUGCAGCUAGAAAGCAUCUAAACAAGUUGCGGAAUAUCCGUUAUGGUUUCAAUACUAUCCUUGUGAUUCUUAUCUGGCGCAUUUUUAUUGCAAGAUCACAAAUGGCAAGAAACAUCUGGUACUUUGUGGUUAGUCUGUGUUACAAAUUUCUGUCAUACUUCCGAGCAUCCAGCACUAUGAGAUACUGAAGACCAAGAAUUUAGCAUUAGAACAUCUAUGCAUAUGGUGAUCUAAAUGCACAAAAUGUAAAAUGUACCUAAGUCAUCUCACCUUUUGUUAAGACAUUAAACCAUUUUAAGUUUGAGCGUGGAGUAAAUUAUGGUCCAUUUUAUGUAACAUUUUAAUGUUUAUGCUGAAAAUCUAGUGAACACACUGUGGUAUGCCAGCUCAGAUUUGCAGUACCCACUCAAACUAUGACUUAUCAUUUUGAUCUUUGGAAUGCAGAGGGUAGGAAGAGGAAAGAAGCGGGACUAUGGGAACAUUGACCAGUAUAACUGUGCAGUUCUGGAACAUACUAAUUAAAACAUGCCUUAACAUGCAGUUCUAAUAUUCAGUGCAAUGGGAAGUGUGCAGAGAGGAAGCCUAGCUAAAUUAGUUAAGUAUUUGAUUUGAUUCUUCAAUGUUAGAUUUUUUUUUUGAUCAGAUGAGAGGUGGGUUUUAGUUUUGUUAAGACCACAGCCAUGUAUUUUUGCUUCCUAUAAAUUAUAGGUGGUAGCAUAUAUAAAGACUUGUUCUAACUUUCUGAUUAAAUGUGCGUUGCAUAUCAUUUUCCUGCAAGUAAUCAGUUGCUCUUAGGAUCAGAAGGCCAAAUAUUAUUCUAAAGACACUAACGGACCUAAGUGAACUUGAGAACCCGGAUCAGUACAUGCUCUGUGCAUUUGAAGCAAAGUGAAACCGUGCACAGUAAACCCGUGUUAGCAUCAAAUGUAACUCUAGUGAGAUAUGUUCUCAUUUUGAAGAGAGUUUCUUGAGACUUGAUUGAGAUGGCAUUGGGGAAGAUUUGUCACAUGUGUUCUCUCCUCCCUUACAAAUUUUCUCGCAGAAUUCACCCCGUCUUGAACGUGCAUUAUUCUGAAGGAAUGUAGUUACAGCUUUUAACAUUAAGAAAAUAUCCUCAUGUGUUUACCAACACAUACUAAUUUUGACCUUGAAAGCUGAAUUCCUUAAAAAUAAAUAAUGCAUAAGUAUGUGUAUAAAAUUAAAUAAAGGAUUUUACCAUGUAAAGUAGCAAACUUUUGAAUGAGUAUCAAGUCAUCAUUUCUUUGCAUGUUGUUUUAGCUUUAGAAAGACAUGCGUUAUAGAAACAAGUAAUAGCAAGAAAAUUGAUGUAUAUUUAUUGAUGCAUUACAAUUCCCUUUAAAUCUUACUAGUUUGUUACUAUUUUAUCAUAUAUUUUCUUUAAUGACUUGUUCAGCACAACACUGUUAUAAUUAAGCUGAUCAAGUACUACAUUUAAAUCAUCAGCUGUGUAUCUUGAAAGUGCUUAAAGGGGUCAGUUCACAGUACAAGAAAUGAAAUGUAACUUUACAUUUUAAUUUUUUGCCAGUUGAAAUGCAGUGUAGAAGAAGUUUAUUUUGCUAUUGUGGAAAAGCAAAAUGUAAGGAAACCAACUUUUUCCAUGCAGGUGUAUAGUCUUGAAAAGGAAAAAAAAUGCUUCUAUGUUGAAGCCAGACUUUGUGUAGUAAAACUUAUAAACAUAAUUUUAAAAGAAGUAUGUAUGUAAAUAUCUAUGUAUUCUUUGGAAUGAUACUGAAGUCUCUGGUCUAGGACCAUGCCUUGUUUAAGGUAUGAGAGACCAUGAUAGUAUAUGAAAAUGGAAUAAAUGAUGCCUAUAAGGUGGCCCACAUAAUAUACAUUGAAUACUCCAUGUCUCCAAACAUAUUUCCAUGAUGUAAUGACAACAUACUAACCUUUGUAUGAUUUUUGUACAUCUGCCAAAUAUACCUAGAAUCUGGUGAAUUGUCUUUGGGUCUCAGAAAAGAAUCAGGUGCAAUGUAAGCAGGUCUGUAAAGUGAAUCAACAUGUGUCUUCUGUUUAUUGCUCUUGUCAUCUAAUUUAAAGCAGUGCUGACUAGGGCUAUGCUGAAGUUACAAAAUAAUUUUGUGUAUUUAGAAUCCUGUUCUCAAAAGAAAGGUAAUGAAUAAAUGACACUCAUUCUGGAAUUCACAAUUUUGAAAUUAAUAUGGAGAGAUCGUCAGUCCUCACCAAGUAUGCUUUGGAGUCAAGUCAUAUUUAAAGGAUUUGUAAAUGUAUUUUGUUUGUUUGUAAUUUGCUAGAUAGCACUUUUAGUUCUGAUUUUAUUUUCCAUAGAGAUUAUUCAAUAGGACAACCUGUAAAAUAAAUUUAUUUCAUUCAACUUAUUUGACAAAACCGUAUUCUAAACCAUUUGGGGGGUUUUUCACUAUCUUUCCUUCUCUGAACUCUGGCAUACAUAUUUGUACACUGUAAUGUCAUUGUGACCAUUUAAUUGCCUUGGCAACGCUAAUGUAUCUUAAAGCUUAGUGCAGAUAAGCAUGAGCAGGUGGUAUGUUGUUUGACUUAAGGGUGACAUAGAAUAAGCGUUCCUCCAGUCUGCCUGAUGAAGCUUGGAAGCAGGAGGGGACUCUCCCCUCUCCUUUGUGUUUGUCUGUAGGAACUGAUUGGAAAAUUUUGUUUUGUGUAUUGUUUGUUUGUUGUUUUAAGUGUAAACUGAUAAUCUUUUAUAAGAAGUAAAUAGAAGCAUUGGGUGCCUUUGUUUGUAAACCAAAAAGUAAUAAAUGAACCCUAUAUUUCUAUUCUAGCAUCUAUUGUAUUUUUACACUGUGGAAAUCAUCCAUGAGUUACCGUGACUACGUAGUUCUGACCAUUUCAUCUUAGGUGCCCUCAUUGAUUCUCAGCAUCUUUUAUUUAUGUCUGAGUUAUUCACACAGUACUUUAGAGGAAGCAUGUAGGCAUAAUAAACACUUAGUUAAAAAUAUUUUUAUACAACAGUUAAUAAUGAAACAGAUUUUGUUUUUUUUUUUUUAAUGUAAACAGAACCAAGAGACCACCAGCACAUUUCUAGGGCAAAUCACAUCAUGUUUAUAGAUUCUUCACCAGUAAUGAUCUACUUUAUUAAAAGGAUUACUCAUUUUCACAGAGAUUGAGUGAACCACAUGGGGGAGGAUGAGAAUGCAUCAGGAUAAGGUUGCAGUGUAAAUGGUUUUGUAAGCAUGGCUUUCUAGGCCAGCUUCCAGCUCUGUCUUGAAACCGUUUGCACUGACUUGUUCUGCUUUGGAAAAAAAAAAAUCUAAUUUUGCAUGAGAAGCUUAGAGAAAAGGGUAUAUGCUGCAUAACUUACCAUGGAAAUGAGUUUCACAGUCUGUUUAAAUGUAUAUGAAAUAUUUUCUUAAUAAAGAAAAUUUGAGCAA